AUGGCGUCCAAGAAGAGAAGCUCGGGGGCGGCCGCGACGCCCACCACGGACGCGAAGAAACCGCGGACAAGACCCGCGACGACCCCGGCGGCGGCACCGCCCGGGGAUGAGAGCGACGACUUCGCCUUCGAGGUCCCGCCAAUGUCGCAGGCGAGGAAGAGCUUCGGGGCGGAGAUGGCGAAGCUCCAGAUGGCGGGAGCGAGCGGGGGCGUCGACGACGAGCACAAGUUCCUCAGGGGCAUCGCGACCCUCGGCAAGGACCUGUCCUGCUGCCUGUGCCUGUCCACGUUCGAGCGGCCCGUGCGCACGUCGUGCAAGCACUACUACUGCGCAGAGUGCCUCAACGAGUCGCUCCGGAGGAAGCAGCAGUGUCCGCUGUGCAAGGAGAAGGUGACGCGGCGGGACGUGGAGGACGACGAUUUUGUCGCCGCGGUGGUGUGGAAGUACAGGAGGAUAGUCACGGCGGCGAACGCAUAG